AAUACGACCAAGGACAAUAUAAUUUAGAUAGCCUAACGCAGUAACAAUAGUUAUAUCUUAUUACUCACAACCAUGAAAUAAAACAUAUGCGGGAAGCCUAUUUAUUUCAGUGGUUUGACUAAUGACUUAUUAAUAGUUAUGUAUCAAGCAAUCUAGUUUCGAGUCCUAUAGAAAGCGAAUUUGGAUUCAUCUUAUUUUCUCUUUUCACCAAACUCAGACGUUAGGACCGCAGCUGGAGAGGUCUAUGCACACCACAUAUUUGGAUUCAACUUAGAGAAAGAAGCAUCUGAACUAUAUAGAAGUUGUUAGCUGUUAUUGAAAGAAUCAUCUGUGCAUGUAUUAUUACCUGUUGACCAUAUCAUCUUCGUGCUAGUUGUUGUGCACUUGUCCGUGACAGGAUGCACAAACAGAGUUGCCGCACAACAUUUGCUGUCCAUAAGCUCUUUUAUGAUUUGCCUAUUCACUUUGCAAUUAGGGAGAGUUAUGCAUAUCUAGUCUCUGACAUUGAUUCUUUUAUUUUUUGAGCAUCGAGAUUGUGUGAAAAAAAUGAGACCCAAAGGAUAAAUCAACAAUUUCGUCAUUAGUGACGUACUCAAUAUUUAAAAUACAGAAGCCUUUAAAAUAAUAUUUAUAAUACAGAGAGGAUGGUCUUUUUUCGAGAGAGAGGGAGGAUGUUCUUGACUAUCUCCAAAAGCCCUUAUCAUCUAGAUGGACUAUGUAUUAAUAAUACAUUGUAUUAUUUGUAUUUGUAUUCUAUGGCUUUAAGUUGGUCUCCAGUCUCCAGUGCAUGUGUUUAACAAAGUCAAUUAAAUAAAAUGAAUUUUCUCUUCAUAGUUAUGAUUGUAUUUGACUUUGAUUCUGAUAAAAGGAACUUUUAAGAUUAAUUGUUUUUGCCGUCUGUAUAUUUGGCUAUGAUCAAACUUUUUCCCCAUUGGAUGACAGUUUUUUUUUCUUUAACCAUUGUAUGUUAUAUGGGUUAUACGUGACGGCUGUUACUUUCCAAUGAUUAACGAAAUUAGGUUAUAAUUUAUAGUAUAUAAGAUGGUUAGGUGAUAUUAAAUUAAAUGACGGUGGCAAGCAAGUCAAUGAGAAACCAAGCUGCUGGAUCUAUACUGUGUUGUAUACAUUUGUUGACUAUGCUUCUUUUUAGUUUGAUUAACAUUUUUGUUUAGCAAUAGAAGUUUCGGAGAUGCAAGAAACUUAGUGGUGUGCAAUACAUGAAAAGACAAUAUUCCCCUUUUUAGUCAAACCCAUGUGGGUAUCCUUUGCGUUCGGUGGUGGAAGGGCGAAAUUGAAAAUGUCAAUUUUUGUCCCAAGUCAAACAAUCAGUGCUACUUGUUGUUAGAAUAUUAGUUUAGGCGACUUGUUUUGUUCAAACUACAAGAAAUUCAAACCUUGAGGUAAUGCUCUUAUAAAUAUACAUUACUCCUAUGUUAUCAACUUUCAUAACAAACUCUCUCAAUUCAUUGUGUGAACAAAGAAAACUAUAUCCUUAAUUUACUUUGCUUUCUUGUUUCUCAAAAUCUUACCAAAAAAAAAAGGAAAAGAUAAUAUGAUGAAGAGAGAACGAUCUGAGUUCGAAGAGUCCAUCAAGAAUCUAGACAUUUCUAAAUGUCUAAUGAUACUCUCUCAAACCUCCUCCAUGGUCAAACAGAUUGGUGUGAAUCAAUAUACCGAGACCAAUACAAGUAACCGGUUCGAAUGCAAAACGUGUAACAAGAGAUUCUCUUCGUUUCAAGCCCUUGGUGGCCACCGGGCUAGCCAUAAGAAGCCAAAGCUGACCGUUGACCAAAAGGUGGUGAAACAAUAUCUUACCAAAGACGGAACUCAAGCCCAUGAAUGUACAAUAUGCGGUCAGAGUUUUGGGACCGGACAGGCUUUAGGCGGUCACAUGAGACGGCAUAGGUCAAGCAUGACGGUGGAGCCAUCGGAGCUCAUCUCUCCUGUGAUUCAUAACAUGCCGGUUCUGAAACGAUGUAGUAGUAGCAAGAGGGUUUUGUCUUUGGAUUUGAAUUUAACUCCCUUAGAGAAUGAUCUUGAAAUUCUUUUUGGGAAGACGUUUUUCCCCAACAUAGAUAUGAAGUUUGUUGUUUAGUUUUUUCUUUGUUCUGUUCAUCAAUCAUUUAGGUUAUUGAAAUUCUUUUGUACUGUUAUUCUUCCAUUCUUUUAAUUAAAUUAUUUCAAACGUUAUGUUCAUUGUUGGUUGUCAUGUAUGAGAGAAAAAGUUAUCUGAAUAAUUUCCAUUCAAACAACGAGUAUAACAUGAUCAUUACUGGGCCAAAAGUUGGGCUCAACUCUGCCCAAUACCUCAACAACUGUCCACUCAAAUCAUGAUGACAAAAUAUUGAUUUGUCCCUCACUCCACAAAUUUGCUUACAUGUUACUAAUGAAAUUCGCUUGUUUUAGGUUAAACCUUUCUUUCUGAAGAGUAUUCCUCGUAUUACUAUACUUACAGGUCUUUCAUAACCAAAAAUGCAUAAUCUUAUAAAACUUCAUAUUUUCUAAACCAUCAUACAUCUCUCUCUACAAACCACACAAUAAUGAAACCAUGUUACAAAAAACAUAAAGUAUACAUAUAAACGAUCAGUUAUACUACUAGUACUGUUAGAUUAUAUCGGAUCACCACCAAACUGAACUGGAUUAGACAGUCCUGCGUAUAGAUACUAGUCAAAAUCCAACGAUUGAUAUUCGACACAUCUCACAGAGAUUAUUAGUUGUUUUGCUGCAAGUUUACUAAGGUUUAUCAAAUUCUAAUAUCAUUUUAUUAGUUUCAAAUCUAUUUCAAUAUAUAUGUGUGUGUCCGUGUCUUCUUUUAAGGGAUUGAAUUGGCAAAGGUCAGACUAAGUAAACUGUGAAAAUUUUACCCAAAAAAAAGUAAACUGUGAAAAUGGACAAACUCAAGCAUAGUCCAAGUGAACUUUCCAAAUCCACACAAAGGAUCUACAUUUCUUAAUUUCUAAGGACUGGACCUGGUUUGGUUUACCAUCAAAAUGAAGAAUUUUGGUUUUGUCGUCUUCUUUUCUAAUAUUUAUUUACAUGUUGUUAAUAAACAAAUAUCAACUCGCCCCUAAUUAUAUAAGUAGAAUGAUAGUAUUCAAAACAUUACAAUAAUAGUACUCUAGUACCCAAGAAUCAAUAGAACUGUAAUAUAGUAGACUCUGUCUCCAAGCUUAAGUUUGCGUAUUGAAGAAAGUAAGCGGUAUUCUACUUUAGCGUACACAACUAAUUGUCUAUUUUAGUGAUCAUUAUAUAUAAAAAGUUAUUACCAAAAAAAAAAGUGAUCAUUAUUAUAACUUUAACAUUUUUACCAAAAAAAAAAAAGUUAUUAUAACAUGUGAUAUCCACCACUUCUCAUCAACCACUAUCUUCACAUGGUCCACAUCUAUAGUUUACAAAACAUAUUCAUGCGAACGAGUACAAUAUAUAAAAGACAAACAUAUAUGUAAUAUAUGCAUGCGCGUCUUUAACCAUGAACAUUACUUUUAUAAAAUUGUAGAACAUUCGAUGUAUCGAGUUUUGAUUCUGAAAAUUUGGAGACUGACUUUUAGCAAAAAUAAAAUAAAAUUGGAGACUGUAUAUGAACGUCUAUAUGUUGCAUGGGACCCACAGGUUCAGCAUAUGUACGUCGAUGUGGAUCCAUGCAUUAACGUGGGCAUUGAGUUCCUUUUCAAAUAAAUUAGAACGAGCUUAGGAAUAAUUGGGAAUAUUUCAUAUAUUAGCAUCAUAUAUUUAUUUAAUAUAUUACUAAUACAUUAGUAUAAUAUAUGAAAUAUUUACCCUGGGGGGACAUAUAAUUCCUAGAUUAUUUGACUGCGGAUUAAAUUCAUGAUGCUAAUAUAUGAAAUAUUUUUUGAGAAAAUUAUAUAUGAAAUAUUUACAAUCAUAUUAGAUAGUUAAACCAAGUACAACAUAGCCAAACAUGGAUUCAUCGUCCAUGCAGCAUAUAAUUAGUGAGAUAACACACUUGUUUUCUCAGUAUCGUAUGCAUAAUGCAUUAUUUGGGAAGAGCAUAUUCUCCACGCUAAUCUAUCAAAUGCUCGUUAUUGCUCAACCCUAUUGGAUGUUAAUGGGGGCAGUUUUGCGUGACCACUAAAAUUUACAAUUUAAAAAAAAUCAUAAACUAGUUAGAAGAAAACAGAAAUAUAUGAUGCAUGAAAAUUACAUUAACGUGAUUAUAUAUAUAUGGGCAAACACAUUCAACGUUGUGUAUAUCAACACGUAUUAGUAUCAACUAGUACACGGAAUAUCUCUUUUGUUUGAGCCAAUCAUUGGUUAGACAUUCAAUUAAUUGGCUUACCCAAAUAAAAUAUAUGUUUUGACUGUAUUCUUCUGUAAUUUGGGUCGGUGGUGGUGCUUUCCAACAUUUUAGGACACUAGCAUAGACGGAAAUUAAUCCCAAGUUCCCAACGAACCCGAUGGUCCAAGUUCGAUUAAUUGUCUCCAUUAAGUAGCGAUCGUAAGAAAUAUUAUUUAAUUUUAUUGGUAUAAAUGGGAUGUUGAGUCAUCAAAAGAGUUAAACUAAUGAGAUCAAUGUCAUGUUCUUAAUUAUAAUACCAAAAUAUAAUAUGAUUAGUAUCAAUAUAGACUGUAGUGCUCAAUUAU